CACCGUUUCUUAUUCCUCCCACGUUUCAAAAGCUUAAACUAGACUACUCUCAACGUCUUAAACAAUCCCAUUAUGAUUAUCUUCCAGUGACACCCACGAUUUCAAGCACAGUUUGCUUCAAGCGUUUCAAACAACAGCAUAGCAGAGUAUUCACCCACGAUUUCAGCCUAGAGUUUCUCGAACUAUUUCAGUUUUCCUUGCUCCUCUAACGACGAAAGGAGGACGGUGAAGCCUUGCUUAUUCAUCAGAAACUUGCUUAUUCAUCUCUCUCGAUCCAAUCAUUCCCGCUGUUGCUGAUUCUAUUCUAGGCUGCGGCGGAUUCGUCGAGGAACUGCGCUGUCACUGCCUUCAUCUAUGUUCUUCCGUAUCCUCCGAUCUACACCAGAAAGAUAUGUUUGUUUAGUAAUGAUAGUGUUCUAUUGUCAAACAGGUGGUAAGCAUACACAUUUGUGAUAGGAUGUUGCUGCAGGAGAACUGCGCUCGGUGACAAAGACUUAAUUUUGUCAGGCCCACCAACAACCAUGAAGCAUCAGGUGUUUUUCUGCAAAUACAAUGAUCCAAUUUAUGUGAACAUGGAGAAGUUGUUAAUUAUGAUAAAACUACCAGGUUUUAUUGGAGUUCAAAAAUACGUUACAGAAGUAGAUGUAGAUUUUGGCAGCCUGAUUUUGCUCGAGAAAAUAGAACAAGUCGUAAGCGCGUUUCUUUGGGUCCUCUGUCCUCUAUCUCAUUCUUCAGCAGCAGAGCAGUGGCAUUCACCUAUCCAUGUUUCAAUGUCCGGCACGUUCAUUGUUUUCAUCUUUAUUUGCAUCUCUCAAGCGAUGGAUAGUGGUCGUAAGCGCAUCCCUUUGGGUGCUUUUUCUCCUUCCCCCGCGAGAACAGGACAAUGAAACGUUCUUCAGAAAAUGAUCAUUCCUCUCCUGUUGAUGGUGAAAAUGUGGAUCCGAAUACAGCAUCCAGAACAGCUUUGUCCAGUUGUAUGGGUUUUCUCCAGAAACUUCAAGUGUUCAUCGGAGCAGGUGAUAGCAGACAUGUAUGGAAAAGAUCCGCGAGACCUUUCUCAACAUGUGUUCUUAUACCAUUUUUAUUUACAGCUCCAACUCGCAGAAGACGUGAUCCAAAUGUCAAUUCACGCUUCAUGAGCAAUAUUCUACAAAAAUUGGUAGAAGAAGACAAAGAAAAUCAAAGUCCCAUUCAAGUUAUAAAGCGCAAAGAUCAUGGACCAAGUACUAAAAAUCAACUUGAAAAACUUGCAUCUGGCCAUGAUUCUGGAGUAAAAGUUUUAUAGUUACAUGUUGUUGCACCAUCCUGAUUACUGGAUGCCAGAUUUUUCUAUUCCAGGUACGUCUUCUAUUAAUCAUGUUUUAUUAAUCAGGAUGGCAAUACAGCUCGGUGCGCUGGUAUAACAGUUAGGUGAUACAUAUUAUAUCUUCCAUAAUUAAUGAGUAGCUCUUUGCUCAUGUUUUUUUGGCUCCUGAGUUGCUCUUUCUCAAGCCAUAUGUGAGUUGCUCUUUGCAUACAUUAUAUGCUAUUGCACUGAUAACCCUACUCACUAGGUUGACCUCUCUCAUAAACUAUUCAUAGAGUUUCACAACAGUGAAGAAUAGCUAUUGAGUUUAGUAUGCUUGGAAGGACAGUCUCCUUUAUAUAUAAUUCAAUUUGGGGUAUCAGGUAUGAAAAAUCUUCAGUUAUUUCCAGGAAAUGAGCAGCACAACGUAGCAUAGCGAGGUUUUAUAGAUUUAUAUCAAUGUUUACUCCAUAACAAAAUUUAGCAGCCAGCUCAAAUGCCUCUGCUCUACCUGGAACUCCUGUGACAUUCAAUCUACAGAUUUUUGCAUCCUUCGCUUCCUGUAAAAGCCUUUUGAUUCUUCCACUUCAAAAAAUUAAAGGGAACUGCAAAAGAUUCAUGGUCAUAUUAUGUUAAAGUCUCAACCAAAGAUACAAACUCUAUUCACGCAUAAAGGAAACAAGCAAUCUUGAAGACGGGUUUACAUGGAAUAUCUAAAACCAGCAGGCUGUACAUCAAAACAUGGAAAGAUUUAUCUUCUUACUUUGUGAAGAGCAAAACUUGAUGUUACUACUCCAACUUUAAGGUCGCUGGAAACAUCAGAGCUAGGCCUGCAGUAAGAACAACUGUAAGCUCGAUGACCAAAAUCAGUGUUAAUUUAAUACAUUUACAAUUGAUUGUACUUGAGGAGCUUCUUCUUCCAAAUUAGAACCAACUAUACAGAAAUACAGCAUCCAGAACAGUCCUAGGUGUUUUCGUGAGGAUUUGGGGGACUUUCUGACUUCGUUUAUGGUGUGAAUGGAAUUGUGGAGGAUGGAGAAGACGAGGAAGAGGGAACGGAAGGCAAAAAGAUGAUGGUCAGUAGUGCGGCAUCGGGGAAUUCUGUUUGUUGCAGUAUCAGAGGAUUUGCCUAAGAGUGCUGAAAUCAUGGGGUUUCUAUUUGGGUUUUGACUGUUUACAGAAAUCUAAGCAGUAUGAUGAAGCAUCAUGGUAAUACACACCAGCCUAUUACUGAAAUUUAAGAGAAACCACCAGUUAGAAUUGAUUAAACUAAUGAAACAGUAGGUUUUCUAUUUCAGAAGAUAUUUACUAAUACAUUUUUUUAGUUUUCAGUAAAUGAUCCAAUGGGACAAUGUUUUUAAAUUAACUGUUGUAUUAGCCAUAAUGCAAUUAUGCAAAAGGUAUGAGAUUUUCUAAUAAUCAGGCCCUUCUCCUAUUUUUAUUAACAUAAACAUAUUAGAGUUGAGAAAAUCUGUAAUAAACAAUUGUCAGAUGGGACUCCGAUGUGCUUGAGCUGUUUCAGAUUCAAGGUUUGUGGUGGUGAUUCUCUGCAACACCAGCAGAAUACAUUAAAUUGAUAAUCAGAGAUAUAUUUAUAUUUAUUUAUAAUAUGUUUUAGAUGACAUUGUGUUUGAAUAUCAUUUUAAAUUUGCUAAAGUUGGGUAAAGUCUCUUGCUUUCAUAAUACUGAAAGUAGUGUUUGAGAGUAAAAGCUAUAACAAACUUACAGGACAUCUCAGAUUAAUGGAUCGGUUUGUAAGUAGAUCAAGAAGAUGGCAAAAUGAUAGUUGUAGCUGAGGAAUUAAUCCCCCUUGAAUAUAUUUGUUUCUCCAUGUUUAAUGCUAAAAAUCAUCCAUUUCUUGAAAUUAAACUUCACUUGAUCUGUGCAAAUAGGAAAUAUGAGAUAUUUUAACCUCAGUGAUGGUCGAAAACUUUGUUUAGACUGUCAUUGCACAGCAGUAUUGGACACCAAGACAUUCAUUCCCCUAUUACGCGAAGUCUAUAAAUUUUACCAAGGAUUCAACAUGAAGAUCAUUGAGGAUAUUCCCAUCUUCUUAGUCGAUUAUUUCUCUCACCCAAACUAGAACCUGUGAGUUCUUUGGUGUUUUGAAAUUUUUUAUGCAGGAGCCAUUACAAGCAGUAAUUCUACAAAUGUUUCCAUGAGCAUUCCCGUUACAAACCAAGGGAUACAUUGGAUAGUGGAAAAUGUGUGCGAGUUUGAUGGUGAAGCUUGGUGGUGAAGCAGAGCAGAAGUAUAGCUUAUAGAAAGUUACGGGGACACUUUUACUGCUAAGACUAAGGCUCCUUCGACUUUGGAAGACAUCGAGGAUGACAAUCAUGUUUCCUUUGAUGCGGCUAAUAGGUCAAAUGAUUCCUCUGUUUUAUUUUUAUUAUUUUUAUUAGUCAUGUUCCAGAGAAUUUGAAAAGUAGUUUCUAUCUAUAUCUAUUUUAUGAAUAAUUAAAAAAAAAUCAUUUUUUAAAUGAAACAUGCCGCGAUGAUUGGCUUGAUUCGAUUGAAUGCUUAUCUUAUGCUUAUCAUGUAAGGUGCACUGGUAUCUGGUAUAAAUGAUAUAGGUUUUGCUAA